AUGCGCUACCUAUUCACUCUGCUCGCCGUGAUACCGGCCUCUCUAGCACUUGCCACCAUUGAUCGAAGGCAGACGCCGGAUGCCAUACCCGACUCAUGGAUCGUCACUUUCAAGCAAGAUACUGCGGUGUCCGAUGCCCUUGCCAAAGUUCUCGCCCUCGCUAAUGUCAAGCCUGCGUAUACUUACGACUCCGUUGCGUUCAAAGGCUUUUCGUUUCGCGGCACGGACACCAACGGUCUACUCAACCUACUCGCUUCCGUUGGUGCCAUUCAGAACAUCGAACCAGACAGGAAAGUGUAUCUCAACGCUCCUGUUGAUUAUAUUGAGAAGCGGGCAAGAUACGUGUCGCAGCGUAACGCACCUUGGGUAGGUAAACUGACGCCGCGAAGCCCAUUUCCCACGUCUAAGACCCCAGCUUACCAUUUAAUCUUUGCUUUGCAGGGACUGGCUCGCAUUUCGAAAAGGACGAAUGACCCUGCGGUCACGAGCUACACGUACGAUAGUACAUAUCAAGGUCGUGGAGUCUACGCCUAUGUUCUCGAUACUGGCAUCAACUUCGGCCACCAAGACUUCGGCGGGCGAGCGGUGUCUGGUGCAAACUACAUCAACUCGUCGCUACCCGCUCAGGAUGACAAUGGUGCGUUCAUCGUUCGCUUGAAACGAAAGUCACUGACUCGCUACAAGGUCACGGAACGCACGUCAGUGGCAUCAUUGGAGGAAGCACCUAUGGAGUAGCGAAGCAAGUCAACCUCAUUGCGGUCAAAGUCCUCGACGCUAGUGGUGUUGGCGACUACUCCGGUGUCCUUGCGGCGAUGGACUGGGUCGUCAAUGAUGCGACCAGUAAGAAAAGAAGGGCAGUCGCAAACAUGAGCUUGGGCAGCGGAUACUACGAAGCAGUGAACACAGCCGUCGCCAAUGCGGUGAAAGCGGGCGUCUUCUUCGCCAUCGCUGCUGGUAAUUCCAACCAUGACGCUGCUCUGGACUCUCCAGCAUCCACUCCGGAGGCAUGCGUUAUCGGUGCGUCUGACAAUACCGAUACAAGAGCUAGCUUCUCAAACUUUGGAAGCUUGGUUGAUAUCUUCGCUCCUGGUGAGUGUCUCACUAUCGUUCCCGGGGCCACGUUUUGCUGACGAGAUGCUAGGCGUCAACAUCCUCAGUACGUGGAUUGGCUCGAAUACGGCCACCGCGACUCUAUCGGGUACAAGUAUGGCGACCCCCCAUGCCGCUGGCGUUGCAGCAUUCCUACUUGGACAGGGCGUCUCGACCACCGCCAUCAACCUAUGCUCGUUGAUCCAAAGCUAUGGCACGAUGAAUGUUAUUCAGAACGCUGGGGUCAAUACCACAACGACACUGCUCAACAACCCGUGGCCAGGCGAGAAAUAG